UCUCCGUUUGACAGGAACAUGAUCGGCUGUGAAGGACUGAACGGGUGAGAGCCUGAGAGGAGGCCGCUCCAAUGGCGUGGAUCGAGCCCCCAUCGCGUCCGGACGCAGAGCGAGAAGGACAACUGACACCUUACAAUCUCAGGACUCAAAUAUCCGCUCCAGCACUUUCAUCAACCAUUCCUCAGGUCCAGCCUUCGAUUUUAGCACCCGUCCUCAUCCUGCUGCUCACUGCCUUUGCAGACCUCUGUAUAGCCGGCCCACCCCAGCCGGCCCGGCUCCCUCUCCUGUCUGGCCAGCCUUUCAUCAUCUUUUGGGGCAUCCCCAACUCUGCCUGCUCUGGUAAGACAGAUCCCAGAUAUUUUGGGAUGGAGCAGGAGGGCCGGGUGGCUCUCUUUUAUGAGGACAUGCUGGGAAACUACCCAUAUUUUGUAGACAAAGACACUCCGGUUAAUGGCGGGCUACCGCAGCACACGCGACUUGAUAACCACCUCCAGAAGACACAGCAGGACUUGGAAGCAGCUUUACCUGCACCGAGGUAUCUUGGGUUGGGGGUGCUACGCUGGGCAGAGUGGUCCCCCCAGUGGUUCAGGAACAGAGAGAAGCAAAUAAUGUAUCUGGAAGCAUCGAGGAACCUGCUGAAGAAUUUCUUCCCUGGCUGGACUCCGGAGGAGGUGGAGAAGUGGUCUCAGGUGGACUUCGAGGCAGCCGCCCAGGCAGUAAUGAUGGAGACGCUACGGGAGGCCAAAAGAUUACGGCCCAAAGCAUUAUGGGGUGUCUCCCCUUACCCCAGCUGCUACAACGGCGACCCUGCCCAAACCAUGCUAGCCAAUUACACCGGCCAGUGCCCUGCUGCUGAGAUGGCCCUUAACGACGAGCUUCUGUGGCUCUGGAAACGAAGCUCCGCCCUCUACCCGCUCCUCACUCUGGAGAAGCUGCAGGGCGGGACCUCAGGAGCCAGACUUUAUUCAUCCAGUCAAGUAAGAGAAGCCCUGCGAGUAUCAUCUCUCACUGGGACGGCAUUUGAUCUUCCUGUAUUUCCACUGGUCAAGAGCGUCUACACCUCAACCAACACCUUCCUCUCACAGACAGACCUGGUCAACACCAUAGGAGAAAGUGCUGCAUUGGGGACAGCUGGAGUUGUCAUCUGGGAGAGAAAUGAGACUAAAACAGAGAGAGAGUGCCAGGACCUGGCACAGUUCGUCCGCCAGGUCCUGGGACCGUAUUCCAUCAACGUGACCGCGGCCACUCGACUCUGCUCAGCCUCUCUGUGCCAGGGAAAGGGCCGAUGUGUGCGUCAAAAGCCAGAAAGCUCCGCCUAUAUCCACCUCCAGCCCCCACCUGAAGUAGUUGAGAAGGUGACGGAAAAGGCAGAGGCAGCAAAAGCCACAGAUCAGCCGGACACAGACACUAAACCAGCUGAACCAGACCCAGCGGAGGUAUGGAAGAAAGAUUUCCAGUGCCAGUGGUACAAGAUAGCAAACGGAGAUGUCUCCGAUCCACAGCCCCCCAAAGAUGGAACGUCUUUUGGGGGAACAGUGGAAGUAAACACAGUAGAAGUAAACACUGUAGAAGUUGUGGGAACUACAACUGCAUCAACAACAGCAUCUACAAGAACUUCUACAAUGAAAAGUGCCCCUGUGACGGAGUUAAGAGGGAGCAGUUCAGUGGAUACUGUGAGUCCAUUGCCUUCACUGGAGGUACCUACAGACGCUGGUACGAAUCCCCCGAGUGCCCCACACCUGACUGUUCUGCUGCUGCUGGUAAUUGGACGUCUGUGCCUGGAACCCUAAAAUGUGAAAUAAAACCUGCCUUCACCAGGAAGGUCUGGGCUAUAUCAGCCCUUCUUAAGUGCCCUUGAGCAAGACACUGAAUCCCUGCUUUGCUGCAGAUGAGCUGCUUGUAGCUGAACAUGAACUUAGGAGAUCAAAGUAAAAAACAUUAUGUCCAGUCCUUAUCACUGGAUGUGCCAAGAGACAGUGGUAUAAAUACCGGCUGCAUUUUAAACCUUUUUUUUUUUCCUGAAAGGAGAAUCAACGUUCCAGAUCAUUAUUAUUUUUAUUAUGAUUAUAAUUGUCAUGUCAAAACAACAGCCUCCCAACAAAAAAUACAUGAAAACAGUCUGUAAAACUGUAACUUUACUUUUUAGUGCCCUUAUGUGGAAACGAGUUAUUCAUCAUAAGGCCAUCAUUUACAAAUCCACAUUUCACAAGGACCAUUUCUCU